AUGAAAAAAAAGCAACAAACACAAAAAACAUUGAAAUUUUUUAGAUUUAUUAAUAAAACUCUUCGAACGCAAGAUAUCUAUCUUAUAUAUCAACUUCGUUUUUAUAUUAAGGAUUUCAGUGAACAACUUGAAUUAAAAUUUAAAGAAUUGAAAGAAGAACAAAAAGAUAUUUUAAAACUUUACCGUGCUGCAAAAUUAAGUUCAGACGAGUUGGCUAAUUUUCAAAAUAGUAUUGGAAAUUUAAUAUCAUGCAGUGGAUAUUUAUCAACCAGUGGCGAAUAUUCAGUUGCUUACGGUUUUGCAACAAAAUCUCCUAAACGAGAAGGUUUUGAAGGUGCUGUAUUCGAAUAUAUAGUAGAUUUAGAUGUUGUUCAGAAUAUUGUUCUCGCUGUUAUUCAUGAAUAUUCAGCAUUUCCUGAAGAAGCUGAAGUUAUCGUUGAUAUCGGUCAGAGAAAAAACAAAAUAAGCAUUUUUAUUUAUCGAUCAAUCGAAAUAGAUUAA